AUAAAGGCAGAAGCAACUGGUACAGCAGAUUUGAAUUAAUAUUACCAGAAACUCUCUGCCCAUAUCACAAAACUUCACAGCUCAGCAAUCACUAGGACUAGAUUUCUUUUUCCUUCUUAGGAAUGUAAGCUCAGAUCCUUAGGACUCUAUAUGGACUGCCAAAUUCUUUGAUCAUAGUGAAUGCAGAUUCCUAAACACACUUACUGAAAAUUGCCUCCACUACAGAUUCAAAACAGUAACAGUAAAGGAGAAGGAAUCUAAAGCUUAGCCUUAAAGCAACCCCACCCACCCAGCAAAAUCUUGAGAUAAUGGUGCGCGUCACCAUAGCAUGCAGGUACACACAAAGGGGUGCUAAUGUUUGGGUUUUCAAAACUGCAUUCAAAUGAAGCUCCUCUGCAAGCACCAACUAUUGUAAAGAAAGGGUGAUCCUAGCAUUUGCCUGCAUAAUGGGGUACAGCUAGACUUCCCUGGGGGUGGGAAGUCAAAUAACAAAUGCUCAGCAGACUUUGGAAUGUUCUUGUCAGGGUUUGUUGUGACUACUCUUGAGUAACGACCGUCCACAUGCUUGUCUUUCAGACGUUUUUAUUGGUGCACAUUAUUUACAGUGUAAUGGAUUGCUCAUCUCAUGUCUACCCGCUCGAGUCAGAUUCCUGCACUAAACUCUUCCGCGUUUUUGACCAGCAUAAAAGCCUCGGAACUGAGAAGCGCCUCCCUUUCCUUCUCUUUCCCAGUUCCGGCGUCAGAGGUACUGGUCUUCUGUCUGCCCUACUCCUGUCCACUCUUUCCGCCCCUUCUCUUCCUGCCUAUGGAGCAGGGGCUCUCUGGUGCUGCCAGAGCCCUGGCACUCCUUCUCCUCUUCAGACCCCUUGGUCUCAUGACUGCUUGGAGACGGGCUGCUUCUGAUGAAGGGGGGGGUUCUCUGUAAUCCCUCCCCCUUACAGUUCUCCUCCAGAAAUUAUCUAUCAUUUAGCAGGAGGCACUUCCCAGAAGCUUAAAUACUUGAUGAGAUACCAUGGAAGAGGAGAGGAGAGAAAUAAACCAGGGCAAGCAGAAUGUCAUCUUCUGCAGCAGGGUUCACAGAAGCCAAGAGGAGAAGUCGUAGGAAGGACAGUUGGUAGGGAGGAGGAGGAGGGAGACAAGAAAAGGCACCAGAAAAUUUAUAGCUGGCAGCCUCUGCCUCAUAGGCUCAGAAGGGAACUCCCAUCAGUAAGGCAAAGGAUGGGAACAAAUGUCCUCACGGUGAACUUCGCUCCCGUUUCCUAUAAACACACUCAAAGCCACAUGGUCUGCAGCCAACACCUUGCUACCCAAAGGCCCCCAAAGGGCAAAUACUUUAGCCAAGCUCCAUGCCUCCCAAAAAAACAAAGGCUGCAACAAAAGAUGUUCACGGUCCCCUUAAUCAGAAACAGCACUAGUGGGCGCUUCCAUAAUUACAGCAGACCUGCAUAACUGCAUUCGAAGCGUCACAGGCCUUUCCCCUGAAAGCCGAGGAUCUGCCACAUCAGUAACUCUGUUGCUAGGGCAACUGCUUACUUUCCAUAUCAACUGCAAACUCGUUGCUACGGAGACGCAUAUACAAGAAAAAUUCCUCUCCAUAGCCAAGGACCAGAUGGUAAGGGAAGCCAGGAAGAGUCAUGGGCUAAAGGGAUUGUACUAAAUGGGACACAUACUAGGGCAUUCAAAUCUAUGCACUAGAAAACAGGAUGAAAUCUGAGCAAUUGAAUAUGUAGGUCUAGCAAUAAGGAGAGAUAUAAAAGGGGGGAGGAGAGAGGAAAAACCUCCCAUGUUAUGCUCUUGGUGGGACCAUUAAGAUUUAGUGCUUGUGUAUAACUAGCUGACAUGUGUUAACAAGGAGGUUUGUAAUGGUACUAAUGCUCCCCCCUCCCCCAGCCUUCAUUCUGCACACAACAUUUACUUUAUUAAAAAUAGAUUCAUUUAUUAUUAUUAAAUCACUUCAUCACUUUCCAUGUCUGCUUUUUUUUAUAAAUCUAAAUAAAAGUUUAGCAUGUAUCUUGUUGGAGAAGAAUAUUGGAAUAGAAGACUCUCUGCAACCAUCGUAGCGAAGUCUGGAAGGUUGGAAAUAAGCACCCAACGUAUAAAUGGAUUACAUGGAAAACAGAUCAACACAUAUACACAAUUACUCCACAGAAGAAAGUGUACUGAUCAAACCAGGGGUGGGGGAAGAGGUGAAACACAGCACUAAAGAAAGCUGGUAUUUAAGAAGUCACGCCGAGCGCAAUGUUUGCCAGCUAUCACCCCGUUUCACAACCAGUUGAAAGAUUGUUUAUAUGCAAUGCUGUUCUUAAUACAACACAUUUAGUUCCUUGAAAGCUCCUUUGAAAACAAUGGGAUUUAUAAAUAUAUGUAAGACAAUACACAUCAGAAGACUUUGCUCUUUCAGAUGUCUGGACAAAAACAUGGCUGUUACCAAAGGUUUUUAAUUAAUUGUUCUCUUGGCUUUAUUAUUUUAUCUGAGGUUACUUCCAUGACUUAUUUUCUUUAAUUGCAAUAUUUGGAUGCUAUUUUUGAAAUUUUCAUAUGCUUUUAUGUGCUGCAUGGCCUGAAGAUACUGCACAUAUUUGGGCUGUUGCCUUUUAGGAGAUACACCCAACCCACAGAGUGCACUGACACAGAGCAAAAAUAUCUCAGCGGCCUCAAAUGGGGCCAUAUUGUUUUGCUCUGUUUUCCAGUGUUUCAGAAAGCAGUGCCGCCACUGAGAAGGCCCUGUUUUAUCAAUCUGACCUCCCUUACAGAUGCAACUCUGAACAGAAUCUUGCAUUCUGAUAGGCUCAUACAGAGAAGAGGCCUCUCUUUGGUACACAGGUCACAAUUCCAGAACAGAGUCCAGUUUCAAGUAGUAGAGAGACGAACGCCCCAACUGUGAAUUGGUAAUUAACUACUGCACAAAACUUGCAUUUGUAACAAGUUCAUCUUCUGAGGUUAUAGUCCUGCCCUCUUUCCCACCAACCCAGCAGGAUCUGGGAGUUCAGCGACCGACCUUAAUGUUCUUGACCGAGCACAAACAAAAAGCUGCUUCCCAUAUUCCCAGCAAUUGUCUUCUCUGCCACCCAUCAGCAAGUAUUGAAGAUUAAGGACGUCAAGCUCACUCAGCUUGCGGACAAUAGUGAAGGUGACACUGCCUGUUAACGGGAAACAGUGAAGCACAGAAAGCCUUGGUUGUGGACCCCCUUCAUGUGACUGCAGCCAUGGCGUACAGCACUGGAAGCAGAGCUCGGAAGGGGCAGGCUCCGGAUGAGUGGCGGAAGGGAUGGACUCUGAGAGAGGCUCAGCAGGAGAGGUGGCAGGGUGACGAGGGUUGGGCCGGCCGGCCGCCCUCCUCCUGGCUGUUCAUUCCCGUGGUGUUUUCCAGUGGAGAAAGGUUCAGAGCAUGGAGAAUGAUGAACUUCCGUCAGAGAAUGGGAUGGAUUGGUGUGGGAUUAUACUUAAUAGCAAGUGCGGCAGCAAUUUACUAUGUCUUUGAAAUCAAUGAGACUUACAACAGACUAGCACUGGAGCACUGCAUGCACACGAAAGCUCAUACCAGUGACAAACUUAGUUGGUCUCUAAGGUGCUACUGGAAGGAAAUUUUGUAUUUUGCUUCUCCUGAAAAACUGAGAGAAGAAAAGACUUGGAUGCACUCCUUAAAAACACAGCUGCUGUCCUUACCCUUUUGGCUGUGGACUAUUAUCUUUUUGAUCCUUUAUUUACAAAUCUUCCUGUUCCUUUAUUCCUGUACAAGAGCUGAUCCCCAAAUGGUGGGCUACUGUAUCAUUCCUAUUUGCCUGGCUGUCGUUUGCAAUCGUCAGCAAACAUUUCCGAAGGCCUCCAACCAAAUUAGCAGACUGCAACUGACUGACACUUAGACCCAUCUGUGUUUCCCAAAGAACACUUUUAGAUAACCUGAAGGAUCUUGGCUGCAUCAGUUGAGCAUACAAACGGAACGUGAAAUUCUUUUUCUCCAUGUUAACUACUGAAUAGAGCAUAUCUGAGCUUUCUUUGAGACUAGAGGAUGACAUUCUUCAUGUUUGCCUUAUAAUGCAGAAUUUCUACACUCGUAAGGUUUUUGUGGAGAAAACCUAUUUGAAACCUUAUUUCACUGUUCACCCCCACCUUUUAUCUUCAAGCUUCCCUUAGGAGAAGGAUCAGUGAAAACAGACUUUUCCUUUGUUAUAAUGUGUAAAGUUUGGAAUGAUCAUUAACGGGCAUUUAAGAUACUGUGCUUUUUUUCCUUAAAUAAUGUUGCACUCAGUAAAACAGGGCUUCUUUCACACACAUGAAAAGAAAUAAAGCAGGCAUCCCCAAACUUCGGCCCUCCAGAUGUUUUGGACUACAAUUCCCAUCAUCCCUGACCACUGGUCCUCUUAGCUAGGGAUCAUGGGAGUUGUAGGCCAAAACAUCUGGAGGGCCGCAGUUUGGGGAUGCCUGAAAUAAAGCCUUGGUUGUUAUUUGGUUUGUAUGUGUGACUAUGACAAACACUUUUAUUAGUGAGAAACCACCAGCUCUGGAGUGAGAGCUUUGUGGUGUACCAUAUUUUUCGCUCCAUAAGACACGUUUUUUUCCUCCUAAAAAGUAAGAGCAAAUGCAUGGUCCCUGGAGCCGAAUUGCCCAGGGGUGAAAAGCAGAUCAUGCUUUUUUUUUAAAAGAAAAGAGCUAAAGGCUAACAAGAGGGAAAGAGGGUGUUGAAAGGAACGCGCUCAGCAGCUGAUUGUAAGAGAUCGGGGAGGGAGAUAAGGGAAGCUAGCUCCCUCCCCGCCCAGCCCCCUUGCCCAGGCCUCCACUGUUGAAUGUUCUGCAGAGGGAGGCUGUUUGUUUCCCCAGCGACAUGUGACUGGCUGAUUAGAUUAUCUGUCUGGAAACUGUAGAAAUGGCUCCCUUUCCUUUCCUAAAGAAGCUGCAGAACUGUGAGUUGAACCCCAUAAAAACAGGGCUUUUUCCCUUUGCAAGGUAAGCUCAACAACUUUGAGCUGAUCCUCAGAAAUGGAGCUUUCCCCCUUUGCAAAAAAGCUGCACAACUGUGAGCUGAUCCUCAAAAAAUAAUAAUGGAGCUUUCCCCCUUUCCUCCUCCAAAAAAUUAGGUGCGACUUUUUGUCAGGUGCGUCUUAUGGAGCGAAAAAUAUGGUGCUUCAGAAGUCAUGUCCUGCACCCAGCCAGUGUGUGCCUUCUCCAAGAAGCAACACAUCCAAGCUGGCGGGUAUUGGAGGAGUGAACAGCAUUAGAAAAGGUGCUGCUCAGCCACCUUGAAGAAAGCAGAGGUGUCCUCGGAAACUGUCGGACCUACAGUAUCUUCACUCCCACGUAACACUCAUCUUGUUCCCCACAGAAAGAACCAGUGGGGCUCCACUCUCUACUGACCAUGCUGCUCUUCUUGUGGUCUUUCUGUACCAUUUCGCUCUUCCUUCCUACUCCAUCCAAAUAUAGCCUUCCAGGUGGACUUCUUUGAAAUGCCCUGGCUAUUUCACCAGUGCCAUUCAUUUCCCUGCUCACUCACAGCCCCAACUUUCUGCACAAGACACUACAACCACCGCUGCAAUAAAACAUACCCAAAAAACCCCAA